CUCUCUCAAAAACCUCUUCCACUUCUUCUCUUCCUUGGCACAAAAUUCUCCAAGCCAUUUCUCUGUUUCCAUCCUCUGUUUUUUUGCUUUCCCCUGUCCUUAAUAGUUUCAUCAGAUCUAGGGUCUGAAAUUUUCUUCUUCUUCUUCUUCAAAUUCUCUAUGUGGUUUUGAUGUUUAACAACAUUAAAAUCUAAAAUCAAGAAAUUUUAGUUUGUUGUUGUUUAUUUAGAAAUCUUGAUGCCUAAUACUUUGUUGUUAUGGUUUGAGAUUCAUGUCUCCAAUUCUCAGUGAAAUCUUACUUUCAGGGUUUAUGAUAAAUUCUACACUUAGACGCAGGACCCAUUUAGUUCAAUCUUUCUCGGCUUAUUUCCUCUACUGGUUUUACGUUUUUUCAUGAACUACUCGCCCCCCAAAUCUGAUCUUUCCCUUCUCCUACUCUCCCUCUCCCUCUCCCUCACUACUAUAAUCAUAAUCUCUAGCAGCAAUAAUCAAUUAAUAAUACCAUUAGCUUCUUAAUCAUCAUCAUCAUCUGGGUCCUGCGUCCUCUGUUUUUGAACUCAAAAUCAAAAACAGAGCUACAAUAAUAAUAAUAAUAAGAUUGCUGUGUGUUUUAAUUAAUUAAUUAAUUAAUUGAGUAUUUUAUGGCUUCCUCAAAUGGUACUUCCUCAGGGUCUGGUUCUGGAUGUGGCUCUGGUUCAACAGGUUGUGAAGAUCAAACAUCAAAAUUACAUCAUGUCAUGGUUGAUGAAAGGAAACAGAAACGAAUGUUGUCGAACCGAGAAUCAGCAAGGAGAUCGAGAAUGCGAAAACAGAAACAUCUGGAUGGAUUGACUGCUCAAGUUGUUGAAUUAAAGAAAGAGAAUCAUCAAAUCCUAUCAAGUUUGAAUAUAACCACACAGAAUUAUCUAAAUGUUGAAUCUGAGAAUUCGAUAUUGAGAGCUCAGAUGAGUGAAUUAAGUCACAGGUUGGAUUCUCUUAAUGAAAUUAUUCAUUACUUAAAUGCAAACAACAAUAUGAACAUGGAGAUUUCGUCUGAUUAUCAACAUCAAGACUUUGUUCACUGUGAGAAUCAUCCAUGGAGCUCAUCAUCAGUUUAUCUCAACCAACCCAUUAUGGCUUCUGCAGAUGUUAUGUUUGAUAACUACUGAUUAGUAUCUUGGUAAUUACCAUUGGAGGAAGACAGACAUUAUUAAGAAUCAUGAAAAGAGAAAAGUUUGGAUUAUUAUUAGAACCUUUAAAAAAAAAAACCACAGUUAAGAAAAUGACUACUAGUAGUAGUUGAGUUGAAUGAUCAUGUUGUAGUAGAGAGAAAAAUUGAACCACUGGUUUCUUGAGUUCUUGAUUAUUAAAUAAGAUGAUAAUUACAUAUAUCAUGAACUCAGAAAACAUUACAUUUGUAAUUCAUCUCUACAACUAUAUAAUAUAUGACUUCUUUAUUAAUUAAGGUAUAA